AUGGCUACACCUAACGUGACUGCUCUUGCCGCGCAGUUGCGGAGCACUUUGAAGAACUCAACCGUACUGACGCCCGACUCCGAAGGUUAUGCCCAGGCCAUCAUAAGAUGGAGUGACGAGAUGGAGAAGAGGGCCGGUAUCGUCCUGUACCCAGAGACAGCAGAGGAUAUCUCGACGGCGGUCCUGUUGUCGAAAGAGUUCUCUGUCCCGCUUGCGGUAUGUGGCGGCAAGCAUGGUUCAAGUGGUGCAGCUUCCAUUGAGGGUGGACUCCAAAUUGACAUGGGACACAUGCGGAACGUGUCUGUAGACUUAAGCAACAACACCGCCAAGGUACAGGGUGGCUGCAUAUGGAAAGAUGUUGACGAAGCUGCUGCACCUCACAAGCUUGCCAUGAUAGGAGGUACCAUCAACCACACUGGUGUCGCUGGAUUGACUCUUGGUGGUGGCUACGGGUGGUUGACUGGCCGUCACGGUCUCACCAUCGAUGAAGUUCGUGCGGUGACCAUGGUUCUCGCCGACGGCCGCAUCGUUACUGCCUCGAGCGACGAGAACCAGGACCUUUUCUGGGCGGUUCGUGGAGCUGGGCACUGCUUCGGUAUUGCCGUCGACUUCACCUUCCAACUGCACCCUCAGGAAAACCCCGUAUGGAGCGGACAGAUGCUCUUCCCGGCAUCCAAGGACCUGACUACCGUCGUAAACUUCGCCAACAACCUCGUCGCGACCACCGACGGCGCCUCUGCCAUGGUCAUGGGUAUCACUCAGCCUCCAUUCAUGCAAGAGCCUGCCGUUGUCACGACGGUAUUCCACGACGGCCCAGAGGAUGAAGCCAGGGAGAUCUUCAAGCCCCUGUUGGAGCUAAACCCCAAGAUCAACACCACCAAGGUGCGCCCUUACGUUGAGCAGAACAGCCUCAUGAACGGACCCGUCGACUACGGCAACCGUAAGCUGUCCAAGGGUGUGCCAUUCACGCUGCCCCUUGACCCCAACUUUGUUCAUUCGCUGGUUGGCGAGCUGAAGAAGCUCCACUCGCAGGUUGAAGGCUCCACCAAAUCCAUUAUGCUGUUCGAAUUCUUCCACAUGGGCAAGGUCUUGAACCCAUGGCAAGAUAUGGCACACGCCAUCCGCGGCGAGCAUGGCCAGGUCAUGAUUGGCCCAUUUUGGUUGAAGGCAGAGGAUGACGCGACGGUUCGAUCGUGGGCGGCUGAUGCUGCUGUCGUGGUUCGCGGCGAGCUUGAGCGUGUGAACGGCAAGGAGGUCGCCGACUCAAUAGGCGAGUACGGAAACUACGAUGCGUUCUUGGUCGACCCUCGACGAAUCUUUGGCAAGAACCUGCCGCGUCUCGCAGAGCUUAAGCUGAAGUUCGACCCAGAAAACGUGUUCAACAGGUCGUACCCGCUUGUGGCCUCGCCGUAA